CAACACCCCGGCGUCCCUGGAAGCGGGGAGCCGGACACCCCGGCGUCCCUGGAAGUGGGGGGCCGGGGUGGUGCUGGGGAGGCGGCGCAGAGCCAUCGCCCAGGGAACCCCGGGUUGGGGACAGGGUUGCUGGGAUCUAAAUAGCUUCACCAGGCUGAAUCAUGGCUAGACGACCCUUCGUCUUGGGUGACCAGUUGAUUCUGGAGGAAGAUUCUGAUGAGACCUAUGUCCCUAGUGAGCAAGAAAUCCUUGACUUUGCCAGAGUGAUUGGUAUUGACCCUAUCAAGGAACCAGAACUGAUGUGGCUGGCGAGGGAGGGUAUUGAAGCGCCAUUGCCCAAGGGCUGGAAACCAUGCCAGAACAUCACAGGUGACAUCUACUAUUUCAACUUCAACACUGGUCAGUCCAUUUGGGACCAUCCAUGUGAUGAGCACUAUCGAAAGCUGGUCAUCCAAGAGCGGGAGAAGUGGUUGGCUCCUGGAGCCGUUAAGAAGAAAGACAAGAAAAAGAAAAAGGAAAAGAAAAACAAGAAGGACAAAGAGACGUCCAAAAGUCCCCUGGUCCUGGGUUCCCCCUUAGCCCCAGUCCAAGCCCCUCUUUGGAGCCUGGCUCCUUUACGAGGCCUCGGAGAUGCCCCACCCUCUGCUCUUCGUGGAUCUCAGAGUGUGAGCCUGGGGAGCUCAGCAGAUUCUGGGCAGCUUGGGGAACCCACACUGGGUCCCAAGACUGCUGCUUGUGCAAAGGGUUUCUUGGCUUCUACCCACGAGGGCAAGCAUACGCUCAGUCUCUUGGCUUUAGGGGAAGAGACCAACGAGGAGGACGAGGAGGAGAGUGACAACCAGAGUGUCCGAAGCUCCGGUGAACUUCUCAAGAACCUGCACCUGGACCUCAGUGCCCUGGGAGGUAACUUUGAGUACGAGGAGUCUCCAAGAUCCAGCCAGCCAGUGGACAAGAAGGAUGUUUCUCUCAGCUCAGAUGCUGAUCGGCCCCCUACUCCUGGCAAGCUGUUCAGCCAGGGUGCUGACAGCAGUCUGGGCAGUGUUGAUGGCAGCAGAUCCCGGGGAAGAGGGGCAACUCCCCAGAGCGCACAGAAGGAAAAUGAGAAUCCCAAGAUUUCUGCAAGUCAGGUGGCUCCUGGAUUGGGCCCUGGGGGUGAUCACCCUGCGAAGGACUUGAAAAAGGAGCAGGCAGAGGACAUAGUGGAGGCAGAAGAGGAGGGUUCCAGGAGGGAAGGGGCAGCCAAGGAGACUUCUGCCCUGGAGAAGAACAUAUCAGAUGCCAGUGAGGAGUCAGAGAUCCUUGAACACUUGAAGGACCCACAACUCUCAGAGUCCGAAGCUUCUGUUUCUAAGUCUUUCCUUGGCCUGGCCCAGGGGUUAGGUCAAGAACGAGAUGACAGCCAGUCCAGCAGAGCUGAGCCACAGAGCAAGCAUUCCCAAGUCUCUGAGAGUGAGGUAAGUCCCUUGGUCCCAAGGCAGGAACGGCUCCAGAGUACCCUGCACAGUCAGGCUGUGGAGGAAGGACCUCUGCAGACCCCGGAGGGGCAGCCUGAGUGGAAGGAAGUAGAAGAGCCUGGAAAGGGCUCUGUAGCCAGCCCCACCCCACUGGCUCCCCUUCAGAGGGAGCAGGUCCUGAGCCUGCCUGCUUUCUCUGAGAGGUCUGAGGAGAAGCACUCCCAGGCUGAAGAGCUGGGUCUUGGGCAGCAAGAGGCUGAGGAGCCUGAGGAGAAGGUGGCAGUCAGCCCCACCUCAUCUGUCUCUUCAGAGGUGCAAACCACAGAGCCUGCAGCUCCCCAAAAGCAGUUCUCAGAGGCUAAACUGAAGGCCACAGAAGAGGCAGUGACCCAGGAACUGAAGGAAAACCAGAGGCGGCUGCUGGAGUUGAAGAAAGAGAGGCAGAAGCAGCUGGAAGAAAGGCUGUGGCGAGAAGAGGAGGAGGAGGAGGAGGAGGAGGUGCAACGGCUUUACCAGCAGAAGGAGAAAUCCCUCAGCCUCCUGAAGGCACAGCUGCAGAAAGCUGCUGCGGCAGAAGAGGAGGAAGAGGAGACUCGGAUAAGAGAGGAAGAAAGCCAGAGGCUGGCCCGCCUCCGGGCCCAGGUGCAGUCCAGUACAGAAGCAUUUGAGAACCAAAUUAGAGCUGAGCAACAGGCUGCCCUCCAGAGGCUUCGAGAAGAAGCAGAGACCCUCCAGAAGGCCGAAAGAGCCAGUUUGGAACAGAAAAGCAGGAGGAUGCUGGAGCAGCUGAGGGAGCAGCUGGAGGCCGAGGAGAGGAGUGCCCAGGCCGCCCUGAAGGCAGAGAAGGAGGCCGAGAAGGAGGUGGCUCUGCGGCAGCUGAGGGAGCAGCUGGAAGGGCAGAGGAAAGAGGCAGUGGCAGACCUGGAGAAGGAGCACAGUGCUGAGCUGGAGCGGCUCUGUUCCUCACUGGAGGCCAAACACCGGGAGGUGGUCUCCAACCUCCAGAAGAAGAUAGAGGGGGCUCAGCAGAAAGAGGAGGCCCAGUUACAGGAGAGCCUUGUGUGGGUAGAGCAGAGAGCUCACCAGAAGUUUCAUCAGGUGACUGAGUAUGAGCAAGAGCUUAGCAGCCUCCUUCGAGACAAGCGCCAGGAGGUAGAGAGGGAACAUGAGAGGAAGAUGGACAAGAUGAAGGAGGAGCACCGGCAAGCCAUGGCUGAAGCCAGAGAGCGAUACGAAGCUGAGGAAAGAAAGCAGCGCGCUGACCUCCUGGGGCACCUGACUGGAGAGCUGGAGCGUCUGCGAAGGGCCCACGAGCGAGAGCUGGAGAACUUGAGGCAGGAGCAGGACCAGCAGCUUGAGGACCUAAGGCGGCGGCACCGGGAUCAAGAAAGGAAAUUACAGGAUUUAGAGGUGGAACUUGCAGCCAGAACUAAAGAUGUCAAGGCCAGAUUGGCUCAGCUGGAUGCCCAGGAAGAGAACAUGCGGAAAGAGAAGCAGCUGCUUCUGGAUGCGCAGAGGCAGGCUGCUCUGGAGAAGGAGGAAGCCAUAGCCACCCGUCAGCACCUGGAAGAGGCAAAGAAAGAGCAUACCCACCUGGUGGAGUCAAAGCGGCAGCUGCGGAGGGUCAUCGAUGACCUGCGUGUCCGGCGGGUGGAGCUGGAGUCCCAGGUGGAUCUGUUGCAGGCACAAAGUCAGAGGCUGCAGAAGCACCUGAGUAGCCUAGAGGCUGAAGUCCAAAGGAAACAAGACAUGUUUAAAGAACUGGCAGCUGAGAAUAAUGCAUCCCCACAUUUGGAGCCAGAUCUCCACAUUGAGGACCUGAGGAAAUCCCUUGGCACAAAUGAGACCCAGGAGGUGUCCUCUUCCCUCUCGCAGAGCAAGGAGGAGAUCGACCUGGCCAUGGACAGUGUCCGGCACUUCCUCUCUGCUGAGGGUGUAGCUGUCCGGAGUGCAAAGGAGUUCCUGGUGCGCCAGACACGCUCCAUGCGGAGGCGACAGACGGCACUGAAAGCCGCCCAGCAGCAUUGGCGCCGCGAGCUGGCUAAUGCCCAGGGGGUGGAUGAAGACCUCCCAGGCACCAAGAUCCUGGACAGUGUGUGCAAGAACUUGGAUGAGGAGACCAGGCACCUGGAUGAGAUGAAGUCAGCCAUGAGGAAAGGCCAUGACCUGCUGAAGAAGAAAGAAGAGAAACUGAACCAACUGGAAUCUUCUCUACAGGAAGAGGUCUCUGAUGAGGACACUCUGAAAGGAUCCUCUAUCAAGAAGGUGACCUUUGAUCUCAGUGACAUGGAAGACUUGAGCAGUGAGAGCUCUGAGUCCUGCCCCCUGCCUCAUAUCACCCUGACCCCAAGCUCCGCCGAUCCCAACAAGAUCCACUACCUGAGCAGUUCCCUUCAGCGGAUCAGCAGUGAGCUGAAUGGUGUAUUGAGCGUGCUGGGUAGCCUCAACUCCCAGCCGCCUCCACAGGUCCUCAGCAGCCCACCCCCACCUCCGCUCCUUACCUCCUCGCUUCGGUCCUCCAAGAACGCCCCUACCCCAGCCUACUCCCUCCUGACCAAACCCUCGUCCUCAUCGUCUGCCACACCCACGUCCACCCAGUGGGCCUGGGACCCGGGACAGGGCACCAGGCUCUCCUCCUCCUCGCAAACCGUGGACGACUUCCUGUUGGAGAAGUGGCGCAAGUAUUUUCCUUCUGGCAUCCCGUUGCUUAGCGGCUGCCCUCCCCCACUGGAGAACAAGCUGGGCUAUGUGUCCGUAAGUGAGCAGCUCCACCUCCUGCAGCAUUCCCAUUCUCGAGUUCCCAAGAUGGACAGCGUCAGCGUCCAGAGCAUGAUCGAGUCUAACCGGAAGUGGCUAGAACAUUUCAAGAAUGACCCCAAGGUACAGCUCUUCUCAGCGCCCAAACCAACAGCCACUUCGAACUUACUGCAGCUGGGCCUGGAUGAGAACAACAGACUGAAUGUGUUUCACUAUUGAGGCCUGUGGGGCGGUCUCCUCAUCUACACCAAGUGCCUGAGGCACCAUCAGCACCUUAUUUCCCUCUGGUCAAGCAUGUCCUCCAUUGUGUGUUCCACCCAGGACUCGGAGGAGCCCCCAGGUAGGCAGGCGGGAAGCUCAUCAUGACUGUAAACAGCCACCCACGCUUCGCCCAUGGACUGUCCUGAGCAGGAGUAUACGGGCAUCUGCAAGCUCUUCAUCAAAGCGGCUGCUGAGGACUUCAGGGAUGUGGCCACCUUCAAUUAAAGCGGCUGCCUUGGGAGGCCUAGUUAGUCUCCUUGGAGCUCGGGUUCCUGGCCUUCAAGUACUGCUGAGGGCUCUCAUGGAGGCGGGGAGUUUGGUCCUUUGCUCAGGACAGCCCCCUGGCAUGGCCAUGCCCUGGAACUUGGCUGUAGCUGUCUCUUUAAUACCUCAGCCCUGUAAGGGUCACAUCCGUUCCUCUCUUUUUGGCUUUUUUAUUGUCUUUUGACUCUCUCAGGUCUGGGCUCAGCUACCUGAGUCCUGCUGAAGUCGUUCCCGGCCCCAGAUGUUCUGCAUCUUCCCCUCAGCCAGCACUGGGCUUUCCUCAGGGCCAGCAGCCUUCCCUCCCUUUUGAUGCUCUCCAGAGCUCUCCCUUGCUCUCAGGUCUCAAACACCUAUCUCUUCAGGAAGCCAAAAAGAAAGCCAUAGAAAAAGAUGGGGAUGAUGUCUGCCCCGUUUUGAUAUUUCUCUUCCUACAGCAUCCUUGAGCCCUGUGUCCCUCUGUCCUUCCACCUGGGCCACCCCUGUCCUAAGCCCGCUAUCAGGUCUUCCCAGAGCUCAGUGGAGGGCUGACUACCUGGUACUGCCAGGGACUGUCUUGGCCAGGUGGCGCUUCUGGCACAGUCUCUACAGCCCCUCGUCCCCCAGUGGGCUCUGCAGGUGAUGUUCUCGGCAUCUGUCUCAUUGUUUAAACAAAACGCCUCGUUUUUCUUGUCUUGAGAAGCUGCGGUCUGCCUUUACCCACUCUCACUGCUUUGUUGCUCAUUUCUUCGCCAUGGAAUAUGACCCUAAGAACCAGUUGGCUUUUACCCUCUUAGGUAAAUUUUUAAGUCAUCAGCCGAGCACAUGCAGAAAAAGUCCAUUUUGUUAUUUGUUACACUCUGUGUGCCUCGAGAGCAGCUUGCGUGAUCCAACCAACCCUGGUGACAAUCCUGUGUCUUUUUGCAUCUAUUAAAUCUCUGCAAGUCU